UUUAUACACGUUUAUUUCAUUUUUAACCAAAUUAUAGCUAGGAAAAUGUUUAGCGGGAAAAAAUCGUUUGCAACGAGACAAAAACGUAAGAACAAAAAUUCCCGUUUUCGUAGUAAUGCUCACGGAUUUGCAAAGAAAGGAAUUUACGGCCGAGGAACACAAAUUGAUGAGGAGCAAUUCUCUUACUUCGUAAAUAUACUAGAUGCCAUGAAAAACGGCUUUGAAAGUGUAGAAGAUAAAGUAACUAUGGCCAAUAAUGUACUUGCCCAAACAAAAGAUCAAGAAGUAAGGUUAUCUUCUAAUCAAAUUGUUUGCAAAGUUUUGGAAUCGUUGUUGGGCUUUGCAGAGGCAGAGAGACUGGAAUCGUAUUUUCAAGCUUUCGCUGAAAACUUUCGGCCAUUGUGCUCCGAUAGUUUUGCUUCUCAUAUAUUGCAAAAAUUAAUAGAAAUUGCCUUUUUAAGAUUCGUCGAUGGAGAAAGCCUUAAUGUCAGCGACCACUCAGCCAAUAAAAAGUCUAAAGUGGACAGUGAACAAUUUACGGAUGAGCUCUAUAAUCGUAACAAUACUUUUUCAGAGGAUCACAAGAGGAAUUGUGCUAAUUUUGUCUUGAAAACGAGUAAAUUUUUGCUUAACAAUUUAGAGGACUUUAUUUGGGAUUCUUGUGCCAAUCACAUAAUGCGAACGUGCAUACUAAGUUUGGCGGGCAUUUAUGAACCAAAAAAAGCCUUUUCUGAAAGAAAAAUGGUAGACAUACACAAUCGCAAAAUAUAUAGUGUUGUGCCGAAUGAAUGGCAUGAAACGUGUAAAGAGUUUGCUCAGCGUUUACAAAUGUGGCCACAAUUUCCAGAUCUUUCUUAUCAAGAACACUCCUCAGCUUUAAUUGGUACAAUUUGUAUAGCUUUAAAGGUUUUGGAUAAAAAAAUGCUAAAGCAGUUUGGCACACAGUUGCUGUUGAAAGCUUUUUUAAAACAUGAAAACGAUGAUAACGAUGAAUCAAAAGAUACUGAAUUGUCGGAUGCCGUAUAUGGUGAAACGGAACAAGAAGAAAAUCUUAAAGACGUUAGCAAAGCACCGAAAGUUUUUCAACAUCAAAGUUCAGUUAGGCUUUUGGAAACCCUGUUAGUAGUCGCUGGUCCCAAAUUGAGAUCGCAACUUUACACCUUUUUAUUCGCCGGCCGUGUGCACAUUUUAGCUGAGAAAUCACUAACCAAUUUUUCGGUGCAAAAACUUUUGCAACAUACAAAAGAAAAAGAUGAGUUUGACGCAGUUUUUCAGGAAUUGAAAGAAAAUAUAGAAAGUUUAUUAAAAAUUGGACAUACUGGCGUCGUAAAAGCUUUAACAGCGGCUUGCUUGCGUUUGCAGACAAAACAAGCUCAAAUGAUUACCGCGCUGCAAAAUGCUUUGCAUGUACCUCCUAGUACUGGUGUUGCCAAAGAAAAAUCGAAAUUCUUUCUUCCAUGUUUACUGAAAUUGAAACCUUAUGAAAUUGUAAAGGACGACAAGAGCUCUUUUGUGCAUCUACAUGGUUCAAUGAUAAUACAAGAUCUGCUGCAAUUUAAUAAACCUAUAUUUAUAGUUAACUGCAUUUUAGAAACUCCUCCUGAACAAUUGAUUGGCUGGCUCACUACACCAAAUGGUUCCUAUAUAGCCGACGCUUUCUUUCAAAGUAGAUUUAUUGGCGAGAAGUCGCGUGAAAAACUUAUAAGAUUAUUGGAAGGUUUUUAUGUAGAAUUGGCCAUUUCGAAACAUGGUUCACAUGUCUUGGAAAUGUGUUUCGCUAAAGCUCAAGAUAAUCAUAAAAUUGCGAUUGUUAAAGAAUUAGCGGAAAAAGCAAAUAUGGCAAAGGGUUCACAAUCCGGUCGGAUUAUUUAUUCGAAAUUACGCGUGGAUACGUACCGUUCGUCGGUCAAUCAAUGGAAAAAUAGUUUGCAACAAAAGGAAUCGAAAGCCCAACAACUUUUUAAGGAUUUAAUAGACGAGUAAAUUUCAAUAGUCAACCGAGCAUCUUAUUUUUAUAUGCAGUGAAUUCGACAAUACUAGAUAUUCGUAUGAAAUCUUCAAUAUAUGUAAUAACCUACAUGAAAUUUUUUGUGCUCGCAAUAAAACUCACCUUAAGCUGUUGAUUGCUUUUAUUAAAA